AUAUGAUUCUAAGAUAAAUGAAUGAAAAUAUGAUUUUCGAAGAUUUAAUUAGUCCUUGUCUGUGUUGAAUUUAUUCGUAAGACGUGUGAUGGCGACGAAAGUAAAUUUCAUAGUGAUAACAAUAUAUUUUGUUAUAUAUGUAGGAAGUUCUAGCUUCAAAGUUUCAGGCAGUUCACGUGUAGUAGGAGGUUAUGAUGCGCCUUAUGAGUUUGGCAGAUUCCACGCGUCCUUACAGAAUGUGACAGGUUCUCAUGUUUGUGGGGGAGCUGUGAUAUCUUUGUCUCGUGCAGUUACUGCUGCUCACUGUGUUGUUGGAGCUGAUCCUAUGUAUAUAAAAGUGGUUGUUGGAACGACAAACCUGGACAUUGGUGGACAGGAAUUUGACGUUAAGUCUAUUGAUAUUCAUGAGAAUUAUAACUACAGUCUCAGAACUAAUGACAUAGCUAUUGUAACAAUAGAUGGUAUGUUCGACACGCGCACUAUUAAUGUAUUGGAAGUUGAUGAUAUAUCACUGACCGAGGAUGAUCCGGUUAUUUUGACAGGAUUUGGGGCACAGACUCCAAAUGGCGAAUCCAGCCGAGUAAUGUACGCAUUGAAUCUCUCUGUAUUCAGUCAAGAAACCUGCGAGUACGCAAUGAGGUAUUCAAGACAGGUUGUUGAUACCAUGUUCUGCACGUUUACGCAAAUUGGCCAAGGGACUUGCCAUGGUGACUCCGGCGGGCCGUUAAUAAAAAACAACAAACUUGUUGGGUUAGUUUCAUGGGGAAUACCCUGCGCUGUCGGUUUCCCAGACGUCCAUACAAGGAUAAGUUCAUUUGCAGAUUGGAUCAGAAGUAAAAUUAAUUAAAUUUACCCAUGUGAGAUUGGAAUGGCCUGUCGUGAUAUAAAAUAAAGUUAUGAAGUCUGU